AAAAAGCAGUAGUUUAUUUGCAAUGAUAACAUUUAAUGGCCAAUAUAACGAGUACUAAACACAAAUAGAUAGAGCGUGGAGAGUAGCAUAAAUAGAACUUCAGCAAUCCACGAAAACGCAGUGAUCUAUUAUACGCGCAUCACGUCUCAAAGAAAGAAAAAUCAAAAUGAACAAGGAUAAACUUUCUAAGAUACAGUCUAAGAAAGGCGAAUCAGAUAGUUACGGAGGCAAGGAGUCCGAAAAAUUCGAUAAAGGUUGUGAGGAACCAAAAAAAUCUUGCGAACCCGAGAAGAAGAAGGAAGGCCGUGCAAAUCUGAAAAGCCAAAAUAUGAAUCUGAUACCAAAGAUUAUGGUAAAGAUUCUGAUUCCGGCUACGGCGGAAAAAAUAGCAAGAAAUACAAUAGUUACUAGAAGAUACGUAUUUCUUGUGUUUCCGAUACUAUGCAGAUGUGUGACUAUUAAUAAACCAGUUAUCCAAUGGCCAUCACGUUAAGAUUA